AUGCUGAAAGCUGAUCCUCAAAGUGCUCCUAUUUUUAAUCUCCUCAAGGACGCCAAGGAUGAAGUGACCAACUUAUCAAGGAAGGAUAUCAAGUCACUGACUCAAACAUACACAGGCAACACUUCCGUAGUGGCGAUCCUCAUCGCUACGAUUACCUUUGCUGCUGCAUUCACUUUGCCUGGAGGAUACAUCACUGAUGCUGGAAACGAGGGGCCUCCCAUCAUGGCAAGGAAGAUUGCGUUUAAGGCAUUCUUGAUCUCUAAUGCAUUGGCAAUGUGCUCCUCACUUGCUGAUGCCUUCAUAUGCGUCAUAGCAAGAUGGGAGGAUCUUGAGUUCUUGCUUUACUACAGGUCUUUUACCAUGAAGCUUAUGUGA